AUGGCUGAGCCCUCCAGGAGUGAGGCUCCCUUAGGAAGGCCCCUUGAACUACUAAUCAUUGAAAACAAGAUAGAGAAAUCAGGACAUAAUCCAGGCCAAGCCAGUGCAAGCGAAGUCAACCGAAGUCAAGCCAAGACGAGCAAGGGCAAGCCAAUGCAAGCAAGCAAACGAAAUCAAGCCAAGACGAGCAAGGGCAAGCCAAUGCAAGCGAAGUCAAGCCAAGACACGCAAGGACAAGCGAAGUCAAGCGAAUUCAAGCCAAGACGAGCAAGAGCAAGCCAAUGCAAGCGAAUUCAAGCCAAUGCAAGCAAAGUCAAGCCAAGACGAGCAAGGGCAAGCCAAUGCAAGCGAAUUCAAGCCAGGGGAGAGCGAGCGAACCAGAACCAAACAGACACAGAACCAGAUCCAGAACCAGAGCCAGGGAGAGAGAGCGAACUAGAGACAAGCAGAACCAGGACCAGAGUUAGAACCAGAGCCAGGGAGAGCGAGCGAACCAGAACCAAACAGAACCAGAGACAAACAGUCACGGAACGAGAACCAGAACCAGUGACAAGGAGAAACCAGAGCCAGGGAGAGCGAGCGAACCAGAACCAAACAGAACCAGAGACAAACAGUCACGGAACGAAGAACCAGACCAGUGACAAGGAGAACCAGAGCCAGGGGAGGAGAGCGAACCAGAACCAAACAGAACUAGAGACAAACAGACCAGGGAGAAAGACCGAACCAGAGACAUAA